UGAUCUCUAAUUUAUUAUUUUAUUUACAAUUGGCUAUUUCAAUCCAUUAACUAGGAGCUAUUGCAUUAGUCACAUUCCAUAUUAAUGGCAGAGACACCAGAAUCCCAGGCAGCUCUGAGCACUUCCUCCUCCACACCUGCCGAUAAGGAUGGUUCCAAAAUUUGCAUCCUUCUGAACGCCACUGGCAAUGUACCCAUCAUCAAGAAGCGAACGUGGACCGUGGAUCCCAACAAGACAGUCAGCUGGAUCCAGAAGUUUAUCCACAAGUUUCUGAAACUUGAUGCCAGCGAGCAAAUUUUCCUGUACGUUAAUCAGACAUUCGCACCCGCCCCGGAUCAGAUAAUCAAGAACCUGUACGAGUGCCAUGGAACCAAUGGGAAACUGGUGCUCUACUACUGCAAGAAUCAGGCGUGGGGCUAAAUCGAUACGCACAUGACUUUGCUAAGUCUUAAGUAUUUAUUCGACUACUGUGUAAUUUGUAAAUUAUUAAAUGUGAAUAAGCUGA